UGCAACAGUUUAGAAGAUACUUCACCAAGCAAUGCAAUGAAUAUUUUGGCUAAUAUAUUUGUUAUGGCUACAGUCGCUGUUGUCUGCGAUUCUUUAGAUCCGCCAGUAUAUUUAUGGCCACUAAGUGAUGAGACUUUAGCUUACGAAGUUGUCAAACAAACUGACGCAGUGUUCCCAAAGAUCAAUCAGACGUUUAAAGUUGGACCUGGACACCCUAGUCUACUUUACGACGCCAUGUAUUUUGAUAGAGGGACGUACUCAUAUGCUGAAGUUGUUGUUCCCAUGACCACGGGCCCCGACACAAUCCUCCAUCCUGGCUUUUCAGUACUGUUCAACCCAGAAGAUAGUAAUGGAGUUAUUUUACAUUAUAAGUCUGAUACCACACCUUUGGCACACUUAACAGAAUUCUACAUCAUCUUAGAAGAUGGACAUUUGAAGACUUUUAUCGACACCCCAUCGGCAGGAGCAAUAACAAUGCCAGCUAGUGGAAAGGGUCCUUAUAGUAUUCCUUUACAGCAAUGGACGCAUGUUACGUUGGUAAACUUGUAUAACCCGGGAGAAACUAGACUUUACAUUAAUGGAUUUAUGGAAAAAAUUGAUCAUUCUUUCAGUUACAAUUUAUGUACUCCUGGAAAACUACGUUUCGGUUCAGCACUCCCUUCUAACCCCUUGCCGUCACCAGCUUUUAAAGGUUUCAUGACUUGUGGAUGUCUUUUCAACCAGAAUGCCAAUGAUUUUGACCUGGCAAAUGUUAUGCCACAUUGUAGAAAAACUAACUGGCCGAAUUCUUCUCCAAGUUUGCCCGCUUCUAUAUGGUUUACGGAAACCACUACAAAGGCUGUCUCUACUCAACAAACAGAAGACUAUCCAGUAACUUUACAUCUUUGGCCCAUGGAUAGCACGACUAGUGGAUACGAUGUCAUCACCAUGGCGAAUCCCAAAAACAUAAUUUGUCCCCGAUUUGGUCGAAAGCAUCCCACACUUCCCCACGCGUCGGUGCAUUUAGAUGGUUCGGUUCUGUCUGUUUUUGAAAUGACAGUCAAGUAUAACGAUCUCAGAGGGCGUUUUACCUUUGCCUGCUACAUUUUUCCCGAAGAUAUUUCUACGGGGUCCGUGUUUUAUGCACGAUUCGAUGGACCGUAUGAUAUUCUGUUUGACUUACGUAACAGGGGUGAUGACAUACUAUUUACAGCAUAUGAUAAACCAGGGCACUUUUGUGCAGUUCUUGAUGUUUACAACGUUCUGACGAUGGGUGAAUGGCAACUACUCGCCAUUGAAAAAGACAAUAUUACAAAUAACUGGAUCGUUUGGGUUAAUAACACUAGCUAUUUUGCCAAAAAUUACUGUGGUGAAUAUACGACAUUGAAUGCCGAUGUGUUUAUAAGUAUUGGGCCGGUGAUAUCUGAAGUAGUUGGCUUCUAUGGUGACAUGCGCUGCCUUGUAUUGUUGAAUGACAUAUUUGGUGAUGGUGUAAAGAUUGGCGAGAAGGUGGAGCAGGUUUGUCUCAGGAACACCGUAGCAGGACCACCAGUCAGCUGUCCACCUAAUAACGCCAGAGAUCGAACCCACAUCGCCACAAGGAAAGGCUUGAAACACACAGAGGCAGUUCAACCAAUGACAUUCUUUUCAACUAAAUCUGCAAUUUCUUGUUGUACUGGAUGUUCUAAUCUAUUCCAUUGUAGAUCAUUUACGUGGGACAAAAAUGGUCUCUGUGUACUUUAUGAUUUUGUAGCUGUAAAAAAAAUGGUUCCGUCUGUAGGAACCAAAUAUUUCGUGAUUAAAGGUGCAAAAUAAAAAUCCAUCAUUUUGGUUGGUAAGAACCCCCGUCUUCAUUAGCCCAGCAUAGGAGCAGAACAGUAUGACGUUAAACCCCAUUUCAUUUCAUUUUUUGGUAAGAACCGA